CUCAGUUCGCUGUAGAUUUAUAUUCAGUUCGYUUCAUUGWUACGGAUAAAGCAACGAUGCACAGUUCGGUGAUAACUUUCGUAUUUUUGGGAUGUUUUACUUUAGUUUUAGCUCAAUUCCCGACCAUUUCGGUACUGUGCUAUUGGUGUAAUCCUGAGUUUCAAGCGGAGAGUUGUUCAAAUCCGGAAGAAAGUAUGGGACGAACAAACUGUUCCUUGCAGCUAGCUGGCGAUGAUAUUUCAAAUUGGACAAUAAGCUGUUUCUCCAGCUUUCGCUUUAGUAACAAUGUCAGUCUGUCGAAUCUCACAGGAAUUUACAGAGGUUGUUCAUCACAUCGUAGAAUACAUUCAUUUUGUGAUAGGCCAGUUCGCGGAAUGACUCAGGUAUCAUGUGCAGCUUGUGAAACUGAUGCAUGCAACACACAUUCUUUUGAUGAUGCUGGAAAUAUUAUUGAAAAUAGCAGCGGUGAGGACGGACCAAUAAGUUCUACAGCUGCCAUAAGCUAUUUGCACUUUGGUUUAAUGAUUUUACUACUACCAAACUAUUUUUAAGUUGUUGUGUUAGUUUAUCUGCAUGUACAGAGUCAGGCAGAUUUGCAUGUUAAGGACUGUGAAAUUAAAGAUGUAAAUACAGAAGUAAUGUAAUAACAAUAACCAGAGGAAAUAAAAGAGUUAUGAAUUUAAAA